AUGCUCAGGGCUACCGCUUUGAAGAAGGCGACUGGCAGCAGUCUGCUGCGUAGCAGCACUGCUUGCUCGGCCUGCCGCAGAUCCUACACUCUUGCGACUACUUCGUCGAAACGCGCCGUGGCCACUGCUGGCGCUCGAUCAAAUUUCCAACUCACUGGCCGGAAACCACUCGCCGUUAUUGAUCGCGCCGCCGCUGGCCGGAGAGAAUAUGCGCAAAGCGCUGAGGAAACAUCCCAAGGGGUGGACUCCAACGAUUCCUUCCUCCAAGGAAACACCGCCAACUACAUCGACGAGAUGUAUCUUGCCUGGCGCAGCGACCCCUCGAGCGUGCACAUUUCGUGGCAGACGUAUUUCAAGAACAUGGAAGACGGCAACAUGCCCAUUUCUCAGGCUUUCCAGCCCCCUCCCACUAUCGUUCCCACACCUGUCGGUGGCGUCCCACAGCACAUGGCCGUCGCUGGCCACGAUUUGACAAACCAUCUGAAAGUCCAGCUUCUUGUUCGCGCCUACCAAGCUCGUGGCCACCACAAAGCAAAGAUUGACCCUCUCGGCAUCCGUGGCGACGCAGAGGCGUUUGGCUACCACCGUCCCAAGGAGCUCGAACUAGACCACUACGGAUUCACUGAAAAGGACCUCGACCAGGAGUUCUCCCUGGGACCCGGUAUCUUGCCCCGCUUUGAAACAGAAACCCGAAAGAAGAUGACUCUGCGGGAGAUCAUUGCCGCGUGUGAAAAGAUCUACAGCGGCUCCUACGGUGUCGAAUACAUCCAUAUCCCUGACCGAAAACCAUGUGACUGGAUCCGUGACCGCUUUGAGAUUCCUCAGCCAUACAAAUAUUCUGUGGACGAGAAGCGUCGCAUUCUUGACCGUCUUAUUUGGAGUUCUAGCUUCGAAUCCUUCUCGGCCACCAAGUUCCCCAACGACAAGCGUUUCGGUCUUGAGGGAUGUGAAACUUUGGUCCCUGGUAUGAAGGCUCUCAUCGACCGAAGUGUUGACUACGGCGUCAAGGACAUUGUCAUUGGUAUGCCUCAUCGUGGUCGGCUGAACGUGCUUUCCAACGUUGUGCGCAAGCCCAAUGAGUCCAUCUUCAGCGAGUUCUCUGGUACUACCGAGCCCUCAGACGAAGGUUCUGGUGAUGUCAAGUACCAUCUCGGUAUGAACUUUGAGCGCCCCACGCCUUCCGGAAAGCGUGUCCAACUGUCACUUGUUGCCAACCCUUCGCAUCUGGAAGCCGAAGACCCUGUCGUUCUUGGAAAGACCCGCGCUAUCCAACACUACAACAAAGAUGAGAAGGAUUACGAUACCGCCAUGGGAGUUUUGUUGCACGGUGACGCUGCUUUCGCGGCCCAGGGUAUUGUUUACGAAACCAUGGGUUUCCACGCCCUUCCCGCUUACUCAACUGGUGGUACUGUUCACAUCGUGGUCAACAACCAGAUUGGCUUCACCACUGAUCCUCGUUUCGCUCGUUCCACGCCUUACUGCUCUGACAUUGCCAAGGCUAUCGACGCUCCUGUGUUCCACGUCAAUGCUGACGAUGUGGAGGCCGUCAACCAUGUUUGCCAAGUCGCUGCUGACUGGCGCGCUGAGUUCAAGCGUGACGUCGUUGUGGAUAUUGUUUGCUACCGUAAGCAAGGUCACAACGAGACUGACCAGCCCUCGUUUACCCAACCUUUGAUGUACAAGCACAUCGCCUCUCAGAAGAGCCAGCUUGAUACCUAUGUCGAGAAACUCAUCUCCGAGGGUACAUUCACCAAGGAAGACAUCGAUGAGCACAAGAAGUGGGUCUGGGGCAUGUUGAACGACAGCUUCGAUCGCAGCAAGGACUACCAGCCCACCGGUAAGGAAUGGUUGACUUCUGCAUGGAACGGCUUCAAGAGCCCCAAGGAGCUUGCUACUGAAGUCUUGCCUCACUUGCCCACUGGUGUCGAGGCGGAGACGCUGAAGAGCAUCGGUGACAAGAUCGGAGGAGCCCCAGAGGGCUUCAACGUCCACCGCAACCUGAAGCGUAUCUUGGGUAACAGAAAGAAGAGCGUUGAUGAAGGUCAGGGUAUUGACUGGGCCACUGCCGAGGCUCUCGCAUUUGGUUCCCUGGUCAAGGAGGGCCACCAUGUCCGUGUUUCUGGACAGGAUGUUGAGCGUGGUACUUUCUCUCAGCGUCACGCCGUUCUCCACGACCAGGAAAGCGAGGCUACAUACACUCCCUUGCAGCACAUUGAUCCCGACCAAGGCACAUUUGUGAUUUCUAACUCGUCAUUGAGCGAGUUCGGUGUGCUCGGGUUUGAGUACGGUUACUCUUUGACCUCCCCUAAUGCUCUCGUCAUGUGGGAGGCUCAAUUUGGUGACUUUGCCAACAACGCACAGUGUAUCAUUGACCAGUUCAUUGCCUCUGGUGAAGUGAAGUGGCUUCAGCGUUCUGGUCUGGUUGUGUCGCUCCCUCACGGUUACGACGGCCAGGGUCCUGAACACUCCUCUGGACGUAUGGAGCGUUGGUUGCAAUUGAGCAACGAAGAACCACGUAUCUUCCCAUCUCCCGACAAGCUAGACCGCCAACAUCAAGACUGUAACAUGCAGAUUGUGUGCAUGACCUCACCAUCUAACUUGUUCCACAUUCUUCGCCGUCAGAUCAACCGCCAGUUCCGUAAACCACUUAUCAUCUUCUUCUCGAAAUCCCUGUUGCGUCAUCCUCUUGCUCGUUCAGAACUCGAAGAGUUCACGGGUGACUCUCACUUCCGCUGGAUCAUCCCGGAUGACGCCCAUGGCACCGCCAUUGAUGAGCCGGAGAAGAUCGAGCGUGUCGUCAUGUGCUCCGGUCAAGUCUACGGUGCUCUUACCAAGUACCGUGAUAGCCAGGGCAUUCGCAACACCGCCAUCACCCGUAUCGAGCAACUCAACCCCUUCCCAUGGGCCCAACUCAAGGAGAACCUGGACAGCUACCCUAACGCCAAGGACAUCGUCUGGGCCCAGGAGGAGCCUCUCAACGCUGGUGCUUGGAGCUUUGUGCAGCCCCGUAUCGAGACUCUGCUUAACGCUACUGAACACCACAACCGCCGCCACGUGCUGUAUGCUGGCCGUUCCCCUAGCGCUUCUGUCGCCACUGGUCUCAAGGGCAGUCACUUGAAGGAGGAACAAGAUUUGCUCAACGAUGCUUUCACCGUUCACCAAGAGCGUCUCAAGGGCGAGUGA